UUCUCUCCCCAAACACUCGAAGAACACCAAAAAUUGUUCCUUUGCUUAUCAUUUUCUUUUUCACAGUGACGAAGAAAAAAAAUUAAUACUGACAACAAAAGAGAAAAGACGAAUCCUUUUCGCAGAGAAAACAUAUAAUUGAAGAAUUUUUAAUCCGACAUUUUCACCAACAAAACCCUUUCUCUGACCAUUUCCCUUUUCAAUUGUAUCUGAUCGAAAUCGCAGACUGGGUGAAUUUUUUAAAAUUUAUUUUUUGGGUUAUUUUAAAUUCAUCUUUUGACGGUGGUUUAAGGUGAAAAAAUUUUUGGGGCUUUCAUGGGUGAUCUUAGAGAGCCUCUGGACGAGCCUGCAGUAGAAGGGAGAGCGGUGACGCUGGUACCGUCACUGACGUCGACGGCGAGCCCGAACCCGUUUUGUAUCGGGGCGGAGCGUUGGGCCACGGCGGAGGAAGUGUCCCAAUGCAUUCUUCAGAAGGUCCAACCGACUGCUGUGUCUGAGGAACGUAGAAGGGCGGUCAUCGACUAUGUUCAGAGGUUGGUCCGAGGAUCUCUUGGCUGUGAGGUAUUCCCGUAUGGAUCUGUACCUCUGAAGACCUAUCUUCCAGAUGGUGACAUCGACUUGACUAUCUUUGGUGGUCCAAUGAUGGAGGAUGCCUUGGCUAAUGAUUUGGUAUCUCUUCUUGAAGAAGAAGAACACAAUAAGGGUGCAGAGUUCAUAGUAACAGAUGUCCAACUCAUUCGUGCUGAGGUUAAGCUUGUGAAAUGUAUUGUACAAAAUAUUAUUGUUGACAUUUCCUUCAAUCAAAUAGGUGGCCUUUGUACCUUGUGCUUUCUCGAACAGGUUGAUCGUCUUAUUGGCAAAGAUCAUCUGUUUAAGCGCAGCAUUAUAUUGAUCAAGGCCUGGUGUUAUUACGAAAGUCGUAUACUUGGUGCUUAUCAUGGUUUGAUAUCUACUUAUGCUUUGGAGACUCUGGUUCUGUACAUCUUUCAUCUGUUUCACUCCAAAUUAGAUGGUCCUUUAGCAGUUCUAUACAGAUUUCUGGAGUACUUUAGCAAGUUUGAUUGGGAAAAGUAUUGUAUUAGUUUAAGUGGUCCGGUUCGCGUAUCAUCUUUACCCAAUAUUGUCGCUGAAGCGCCCGAAAGUGAUGGUGGUGGUUUACUGCUCAGCAAUGAUUUCCUCAGUUAUUGUGCUGUUAUGUUUUCAGUUUCAAGAGGGAUGGACUUGAAUUCUCGAACAUUUUCAUCAAAGCAUCUUAACAUAGUUGAUCCUCUCAAAGAAAAUAAUAAUCUAGGACGCAGUGUCAGCAGAGGAAAUUUCUAUCGAAUACGGAGUGCUUUUGCAUUUGGUGCUAGGAAGCUUGGGAGAAUACUUCUGCAGUCAGAGGAUAAAAAUGCUGUUGAUGAACUUCGUAAAUUUUUUUCAAACACUUUGGUUCGGCAUGGGAGUGGGCAGAGGCCUGAUGUUCGCGAUUUUAACCCACUAACUGGCUACAAUAGUUUCUGCUCUGCAUAUGCUGUUUCAGAGAUCAAUUUAUUUCAAGUUGAGAAGCUCAAUUCUAGGCUUAAAUCCUGUGAUCUCACGAGCACGAGUGGAGAUUGCAAGGUUUUCCCCAAUGGAUCAUGCAACAUUGGAGAUAGAGAUCAAGAAAGCACCAUGGAUGCAUAUCAAUCGAAGCUGCCAUUGGAGACUGGUUGGCAUGGAGCGGGGAAUGCAUUGGACUAUCGUCUUCUUGGAGAUGCAAUGGAACUCGCUAGUUCAAUAAAUCAAGACCUUAAGUUUCCCAGUCAUCUCCACAGCUUUGCCCAUUUGGGUAACGAUAGGGGCGCCUAUGUAGUUGAUAUGCCACCUCACAACCACUUCACUAGCCCCACAUGCAACGGGGAGACGAAAAUGGGAAACUCAGAGCAGGCCAGCUGCAACAGGAAACAUUUUUCUGGGUUAAAACAAAGAGCUAACGAAAGAAAGGGCCCGGAGAAGAAUCGUUCGAUCGAUAAACAUCAGGUUUCAAUUCCCGUUGUAACAAAGGAUGUCCCUUUGUCCCCCAAAACGCCUGCUUCCUCUAAUGGCUCGCAUCACGCGAAACAGGACUGGCCGUUUGCUACUGGUGGUAGAAGUAUGCAGCCUUUGAAUUCUUUGUUGGAUCUUAGCGGUGACUUCAACUAUCACUUCAGCUGUCUGCAAUAUGGCCGGUGGUGCCAUGAAUAUGCUUCGCACAUGCUCACUUUCCCUAUACCUGCAUCGCCGGCUUCAGUUUACUUAACAUAUUCAUGGGAUGCAGUUCAGCAGCCAUUACAGGUUAAAAGGAACGGUUUUCUACAUGGGGGUGCUAACAGUAUCAUUCCAAGUCAAGCAUUCUAUGCAAUAAACCCUCUGUCAAUUCCCAGUAUGGCUUUCGGCUUAGAAGAUAUUCCCAAACCACGGGGAACUGGAACCUACUUUCCAAACAUGAAUCAACCGCCAAAAGGUUAUAGGUCAUCAGCUUGGAAGGGAAGGAGUCAAGCUCCAAUGAGGUCCCCUCGAACAAAUGGACGGAAUGCAUCAUUUACAGAGACAAACACGCUCGAGAGAAGCUGCCACGAGCCACCAGAAUCCCAAUCUGCUGUUGAUCAAAGUGUCGUGAACCCGUCAUCUUCCCCUUGUGGCAGGGGGCAUCCUAAGCACCAUCCUAACAAGACUGAUCUAGUGUCUCACCCCGAGGGAGCUACCGAGUUUGGGUCAGGUGCGGACGUUCCAGCAAGGGCACCCUUGUUAGAACGAACCCGACAACAAAAGCAUGCCCUAACACCUCCUCCUCAGCAUUCCAGUCCAGCUUCGCCAACUUUAGGGUCGCAGCUGUCAAAGCCACUUUUCAGUCGGGAUCAUGGUAGUAAUGUAUGAGACACUCCCUUUUCUAUGAGACUCGACUUCUUUUUUUUUUAGGAAGAAAUUUGGGUGGAGGCUUGUAAGUAUUUCUUGGUUUGGAAAUCAUGGCCUCCAAUUACCAUCUCAAAGAAACAAUCAAUCUUGUUGCUAUAUAAGUAGGGUUUAUAGGUCUUCUGCUAACAAAGAAGUCUGAGCCUGCUGCAAUUCUCAAUGGCUCCUUCAGUAUUUUGUAAUUUGAACUCAAGUUUCCUGUAAAAUUUAGUAAGGCACUUACCAGCUCAAAUGCAAUGCCUUUAUGUUUAAUGUUAGAUAAUUAAAUGAAUAUUAUGUUGGGAA